AUGUCUCCGUGGAGGUUGAAAUGGCUGCAAGUGGUCUCACUAUUGUCUCCGCUGGUCGUCGAGGCCCAAGAGUCAGCUUCGCCAGGAGCCAGCCUUUCAACUGCUAGCUUCCGGCCAAUUUUCACGGUUCCAGCGUCCGCCGACGUUGGCAAGACCUUGCUUCCAAAUGUGAAGGACCCUCAAGCCGCCGAUGCGCAAACAGUGUGUCCAGGGUACAAGGGCAGCAAUGUUCAAUCUUCGGAUAACGGUCUUACCGCAGACUUGACAUUAGCUGGUCCAGCUUGCAAUGUCUAUGGCACCGACAUCAACAGUCUCAGCCUUACCGUUGAAUACCAGACAGAUUCGAGACUUCAUGUCGAGAUUGUACCCUCGCACAUAGACUCGUCGAACCGAAGCAACUACCUUCUCUCGCCUGAAUACGUUGCGCGCCCCAGCCAGGAAAAUGGAGCUGCAUCUAGCAGUGAUCUGACCUUUUCUUGGUCGAACGACCCUUCGUUCUCCUUCGAGGUCACGAGGAACUCGACUGGAGAUGCGAUUUUCUCCACGGCCGGAUCGAAGUUAGUAUUUGAGGACCAAUUCAUCGAAUUCGUCACAUCGGAGCCCGCCAAAUACAACGUAUAUGGAUUGGGUGAGGUGAUUCAUGGAUUGAGGCUUGGAAAUAACUUCACACGGACCAUCUACGCUGCCGACGUAGGCGACCCGAUCGAUCGCAAUCUGUACGGAAGUCAUCCAUUCUAUCUGGACACGAGAUAUUUCCAAUCGGAAGACGAUGGCUCUUACACCUACAUCACAGCUAACGAUAGCGCCGGCGACGGAAGCUAUACUUCUCACUCCCACGGAGUGUACUUGAGAAAUGCUCACGGGCAAGAAGUGCUCAUGCGUGCCGACAACAUCACCUGGCGUACAAUUGGUGGCAGUAUUGAUCUCUACUUCUUUUCUGGGCCAUCACAGCCAGAAGUGACCAAGCAAUACCAGGAUGUGAUUGGCUACCCGGCUAUGCAGCAGUACUUUACCUUUGGCCUCCAUCAAUGCCGCUGGGGCUAUGAAAAUUGGUCCGUGGUGGAGGACGUAGUCAACACGUAUACUGACUUUGGCAUUCCCCUUGAGAACAUCUGGACCGAUAUUGGUAUGUCUAAUAUCCGGUUUGUGUGCGACUCUCAGUCGCUGGCAUUGACUUUUGAGGCAGAUUACAUGAAUCAAUAUAGAGACUUUGAGAAUGAUCUAGGUCGCUAUGAUUAUGAGACUGGACAGGAUUUCCUGAAACGCCUUCACGAUGGCGGAAGACAUUACAUACCCAUUAUAGACGCGGCUAUUUACAUACCCAACCCAGAGAAUGCCAGUGAUACCUACGAGACUUUCGAUCGUGGCAAUGCGACAGACUCGUGGGUGCUCAAUCCCGAUGGUUCUACUUAUAUUGGAGAUGUAUGGCCUGGUUAUACCGUAUUCCCAGAUGUUCUUUCGGAUGCUGGGGUCGAAUUUUGGGCGAAUGAACUCGUAAUCUACCACGAAAAGCUCGGAACUGACGGAUACGAUGGGGCCUGGAUCGACAUGAAUGAAGCUGCUUCCUUCUGUUCGGGUAGCUGUGGUUCAGGAAACCUGACCUUGAAUCCUGUACAUCCAAGUUUCAGACUUCCUGGUGAACCUGGCAACGUCAUCUAUGAGUAUCCUGAAGGUUUCAAUUUGACCAACGCCACCGAAGCUGCAUCCGCAUCCGCCGCAUCCUCCAGCCAAGCAGCGGCUGCGAGCUCUACCGCUGUAUCAGCCCCUUCGACAUCAACAAGUUACUUCCGCAGCACACCUACACCAGGUGUACGAAAUGUCAAUUAUCCACCAUAUGUGAUCGAUCAUGUGCAGAACGGUGCGGAUCUGUCGGUUCAUGCAAUCAGUCCAUUUCGUGAUUACAGAAACGCUACUCAUACAAAUGGCAUUCAAGAGUAUGACGUUCAUAAUUUGUAUGGACACUCUCUUCUCCAAGCCACUUACCUCGGGCUUAGCCGGAUCUUCCCAGGCAAAAGACCCUUCAUCAUCGGCCGCAGUACUUUCCCCGGAUCCGGCAAGGUAGCAGGCCACUGGGGAGGCGACAAUGCGUCCAAAUGGUACUACAUGUACUUCUCCAUCCCACAAGCCCUGUCCUUCUCCCUCUUCGGCAUCCCCAUGUUCGGUACUGACACCUGCGGCUUCAACGGCAACUCCGAUGAAGAACUCUGCAAUCGCUGGAUGUCUUUGUCGGCCCUCUUCCCCUUCUACCGUAACCACAACGUCCUCUCCGCCAUUCCCCAGGAAGCCUACGUCUGGGCAUCGGUCAUCGACGCCACAAAAGCCGCCAUGAAUAUCCGCUUCCAACUCUUGCCGUACAUGUACACGCUCUUCCACCUCGCCAACACAAAGGGUGACACCGUCAUGCGCGCCCUUGCCUGGGAGUUUCCCAACGACCCCUCCCUUGCUGAUGCGGACCGUCAGUUCUUCCUCGGCCACGAUAUCCUAGUCACACCGGUGCUAGAACAGGGCGCUACGUCCGUGGACGGCGUCUUCCCUGGUAACGGCAACAGCAGCGGCAACAACGCCAGUCAAAACGAAUUCUACUAUGAUUGGUACACCCAAUCGCCCAUCUCCCCUUCCCUAACCGGAAACGUCACCAUCUCUGCCCCGCUUGGCCAUAUCCUCGUCUACAUCCGCGGUGGCGCCGUGCUCGCCACGCAACCCAUGGCCCUGACCACGCGUGAUGCGCGCAAACUGCCCUGGUCCGUCCUCGUCGCCCUUGACGCUUCGGGUUCAGCGAACGGGUAUCUAUACCUCGACGACGGCGAGUCCCUGAACCCAGAAGCGAUCAAGGAGGUGGAGUUUGAGGCUGAUGGGUCGACGUUGACGGCCAAGGUUACGGGUGGGUUUGAGGAUGGGGUGCCGUUGGCGAAUGUCACGGUUAUGGGGGUGCAGAAGGCACCGGAAGGGGAAGUAAGAUUGAAUGGACAAAUGGUUGGGGAGGGAGCAUAUGAUUCUGUGGGAAAGACUUUCAGGAUUACUGGGCUGGAAGAUGCGACGAAGAAGAUCGGGGCAUGGGGUUCGGAUUGGAGGUUGGAGUGGUAA